AUGAUUAGUGUCAAUACAAAUGCCGAGUUAUCCGCUUUCCAAAGCAAUAACGUACAAGAAACAAGCGCAGUAUUAUCGUAUCCGUUGAUUAAACAAAACAAAGAUAUAUAUGGACAAUUAGCAACAGAAGAAUACGCGAAGAAGAAACAGUCACUAUCAAAUGGUGAAGAAAAAGUAUCAAAAAAAUCAACUAAACUACCCCGUUGGUGGCUGGUAUUACCAUGUUUAUUGAAUAUAACAGCGAUAAUAACAAUAGAACCAACACUUAUGAAUGAUCUUAUAGUAACACGUUUUGAAAAACGAUAUAAUCUGUAUAUCACAACUAAUGAUCAAGAACGAUCAGCUUGUUUAUCUAAAAUCAACAAUAAUGACAACAGUCAUAAUACUACACACGUGCACUACAACAAGGUACAACAGUCAGUAGCAAAAUUAAACAUUUAUACAUCCGUAGCAUCGGUUAUUCCGACAUUUAUCAGUUUCAUUCUGUUUAGUGUGAAUAGUGAUAUUAUUGGACGUAAGCCUUUAAUUAUUUUACCCUAUCUAGGUAAAACAUGUCGAUAUAUUAUUUUGUUGAUCGUUAUAAAACAAAAUUUAGCCGAUAUAUGGAUUAUAAUAGCGGAGGCUAUUGAUAGUCUUUCUGGAACAAGUUCGCUAAUUGUUUUAAGUUCAUUUGCCUAUGUAUCAGAUUGUACAACAUUAAAAACACGAACAGUAGCAUUAAUUAUAACCGAAGCAUCAAUGGCCAUUGCUCGAAUUCUACCUUCAAUGGGUAUUGGAUUUUUAUUAAAAUUAAAGCAUUAUAUGUUAUUGACAAGUGUCAUCUUAGUUCUUAGUAUAAUAGGUCUUUUCUAUGCAAUUUUUCUUCAACCAGAAUCGGUAUUAAAUGUUAAACAUUUGAAUCUAUUUAGCAAAUUAAAACUAAUUCGUUUGAAGCCCAUUUCAAGAGUAAUCAAUGCAUUUACUAUUAAACGUUCAUCGAAUAAUCGUCAAAUUCUAAUACUUUUGACAUUAAUACAAGUAAUGUCAUUUUUAAUGAUAUUUAGUGCAAAUUCCGUAUUCACUCUAUAUUUAUACGGUCAACCAUUAUGUUAUGGACCAUUAGAUGUUAGUCUACUCACCGUGGCACAAACAAUAUCAAUAAUUUCUUUAUCGAUCGUAAUUACUACAAUAUUUCAUCGACAAUUAAACACCUUAACCAUGCCUGUGAUUGGAUGUUUAGCAUUUAUGAUUCAUUUAAUCAUUGUGGGAUUAGCAAAAGUAAAAUGGUUAUUCUAUGUUGCUGUGUGUACCGGAAGUUCCUUUUACGUAACUCUAUCCAUUUUACGUUCUAAGGUAACAAAUGUAGUAAAUGACAAUGAAUUUGCUUUAGUAUUCAUAGCAACGGGUUUAGUCGAAUCUGUUGGCACGUAUUUAAUUGCUGUUGGAGCUAAUUUUAUUUAUAAUAUAACGAUACAUAUAUAUCCCGCCACAAUAUUUUUUAUUUCAUGUGGUAUGGGUAUUAUUCCUCUAAUAUUACUUGGAUAUUUAACUUACAUUGAGCGUAAUUCCACAUCAUCAAAACAAGCAUUAAGUAACGUUGCGAAGACCGAUGUGUAA